AUGUCUCCUUCCAAAGCGGAGCUUGUUGCCGAAACACUACUCUCGCCCAUCGGCCUCGAGCUAGUUUCCUGUAGGGUCCUCCAGACCCUCUGGGCAGGCUAUGGCCAUAUAUGCGCAAUCACGGCGAAAGCUUCAGGAAACCACACGCCUCUUCGCUCGAACAUUACUUCUUGCAAACUAAAAGAGGAUGCGAACGGGCACCUCCACCUCAUUCUCAAACUCAUCUCGCCCCCAAAGAGCGAUGGCGAUGAAGGCCACCUACGUAAAAUGCUCAGCUACGAAGUUGAGCAAUAUUUCUACCAAGAAAUCACCCCAUCUCUGGACCAGGAUGUUGCCGUUGCAAGCUUGACUGCCACCAUUAUGGAGGAUCUCCGUCCAAAGUUUCCCGUUGCAGGGGAAAAGCGAGCGCUUCUCAACCAACAACAGGUCCACGCCGCCAUUGAGUGGCUGGCAAAGUUCCAUGCCAACACCUGGCGCCUGCUUCCAGAUGACCUCGAUAGAUAUCUCCUGCCGCCACUGGAGGAGAUGCAGAGGAGGAGAGCUGACCCAGCUGCAGGCGGUGAUAAACUCUGGUUAAAUGGGGGCUACACCUACCUCGCGACUCGGCAGAAGGAACUGGCCUCGUUAGUAGAAGAUACAGACUCAGAGUGGUCUGCUGCGCUCUGUGAGCCGCCACAAGGCUCAGCUUUGUCGAUUGCGGAUCAGGUGGCUGAUUUUCUCACACCUUGUGGCCGGCCCUAUGAAAGUUAUAUCCACGGUGAUGUCAAAUCCGAGAAUCUCUUUACUACCAGCUCAGGGGAUGAAGUAGCCUUUUUUGACUUUCAGUACGUUGGAUUGGGCUUGGGGGUUUGCGACCUUGCCAAGCUGUUUACCUGCUCCGUACCGUUGGACAUGCUCACCGACGACUACGAUGUCCCUGACGAGCUCGCCAUGGACGAUGGUGAAAGGGCCUUGCUGGAGCGCUACCGGGAAACUCUAUUGGCCCGUCGCCCAUCGAGAAUGAAGGAAUUCGAUUACCCCAUGAACCUUCUCAUCCGCCACUGGGAGACUGCGCUUGUGGAUUGGUGUCGUUUCCAAGCAUCGUGGGGUUUCUGGGGCAAUACCGAAUGGCUCGAGGCCAGGGUUCGAUCGAUCCUGAGGGAUCAAGCUUGGCGAGAGUGGCUACGAAAUGAAAGUGCCUAG